AUGUCCGAACCACAAGGAAGCCCACUGGCGCAACCACAUGCAGAUGAGCCAUCGCCAUCGCCAUCGCCACCUCCACCCCCCGCCACAACACAUGUCUCUCAGUCUCCAAGAAUAGCACAGUCAGCAUCGCCAGCGCCAGCGCCAGCGCCGGAACCAAAGCCAGCAAAAGCGCCGGCAAUGGCGGAAGCUCCGACUGCACCGCCGGCACCGAUACCACAACCACAAGUACCGAAAGCACCACAGGUCAUGCUCCCUCAACAGUAUACUGCGAGUCAACAGCAGGCCCAACCAUGUCAACCGAAUACGACGAAGCCUUCGUCCAAGGCUGGAUAUCCGUAUGUCGGAUACUUGCAAAAUGAGACACGAGCUCGGUUCUACAAUAUUCUUGCGGAUUUGGAUCCGUACAAAGCUACUCCUAAGGAGUUCAUACACCUGCUGGUGAAUGCUGCCAUGCGCGACGCGGAGAUUGGAAAGUCUAUCUAUCGCAUGAACGAAGACAGGCUUCGCAAUCCACAGACUUGGCAACCCAUAAAGCCGCCGGAACCUCCGACCCAACAGGUUACGCCGUCGAAACCAAGCACGCCGCUAUUAACGCUGGAACAGACACUGAGCUCACAGACAGCCAUGCACCAUCCCCCGCAACAGUAUGCUCAAUACCAGGUACCACCAGGGUUUAUACCUGGCCCCAGUAUGACGGCUCCCCAAUUCAUCAAACCUCCGCAACAGGGGUCGCCAAACCAAUCCGAAUCUCCCGGUACCGCCAACGUGAAUGAUAGUGCCAUCGAGUUGGACGACGGACCAUCGGAGCCGAAAGAGCAAUCUUGCAACUUCACGUGGGUCUUAGAUCGUGCCGAGACCCAUCUGGGCUGGACAGGCAACUGGGACAAAUGUUCCCAGAUACGGCAAGUCAGUAUUGGAUACGAUAUCGCCCUUAAGCUGCAGAAGCUGUUCAAGAAGCUGAACGCGGCGAUGGACAAAUACCUGACGUUCGUCAACCGAGUACACAUUCUUACCGUCAUGCGCGAGAUGAUCAUGGCCACUCUGGAGACAGAAGGGACGGUGGGCAAGGAGUGCCGCGAAUGCGCACGCGAGUUCGACACCAACUUUGUUGCGGCGGUGAGAAAGUUGACCACAAAUCAGCUGAAGAGACUCAAGGUCCUGGAGGGCGGGAAAUGGGUACAGGAGCUACAGGACCUCCUGGACGAGGCGGAGAGGCAGAACCUGUUUGCACAUCUGAAGCAAGCGCUGGUGUUGAUCGACUGCUGA